AUGGAGGAGACGCGUCUGCCAGCCCCAGUGAACCCCAGCACGUUCCCGGCCAAGCUCUGGCUCCUGGUGAACAGCCCCCGCUGCGGCUCCGUGCGCUGGGACGCCCGCGGCGAGGGGCUGCUCAUCGAGCAGGCACUCUUAGAGCGGGAGCUGCUGGGCGCCGGGCCGGGCCUCGCCGCCGGGCUGGCCGGCGACGGGGCCGAGGUCUUCAAGACCCGCAACUUCAGCAGCCUGGUCCGGCAGCUGAACCUCUACGGGUUCCGCAAAGUGGUAGCGGUGCCAGGGGCUGAGCCGGGCCCGGAGGGUGACAGCGGGGCUGGGGGCAGCUCCGCCGGGCCCCUGCACCACUUCCGCAGCCCCCACUUCCGCCGGGACCGCCCCGACCUCCUGGCCCAGAUCAAGCGCCUGACGCGUGCCAACAGGGCCAAGCUGGCAGCCGGGCUGGAGGUGGGCAGCCGCCCGGCCAACCGCGUCCGCCGGCUGAUGGGCACGGCGCUGCCCGGGGACCUGCUGCCCAAGGCCAAUGGUCCCGGGUACGAGGCUUCUCCAGCUUCUACAGGGAAAGGCGCUGCCCUCCCGCUUCUCCAGAGAUGCUCCACGGAGGUGACAUACACUGUCAGACCGGUACCCUCCAUCCUGCCACUGGAGCAGUGGUCAAGGCCAACAGGUGUGAAACAUACCUCUGCACUUGUUUUUCGAAAAGAGACCCAGAUGUCCUCUGUUGUGUCCAGCUCAAGUCAGAAUCCAACAGCAAGCAUAGAGUCUAAAGGAAGAGAGACCCUGAAAAGCAGACAGACUCCACCCGCGCAGUCCCCUUGCGCAGCAGAAUUCCCACCCUCCAGCUGCCCGUGCGGCACUUCUGAGGACAACAGCCAGGCAGAAGUCAACCUCGACUAUGUGUUUCAGCUCGUGGAGGAGAUGUGUUCCCCACUCCCAGGUGAAAGGGCUCCAGUACAAAGUGCUGCCGCUGAGAUACUGAUUUCCACCUGCAGGGAGAUGCAUCCUGCAAGCGGGGCUGCUUUCAGGAGGAAGAAGGAAGCGAGUGAGGAGCAGGGGAUCAGCCGGAUUAUUUCAUCUCUGUUGGAAUAG